AUGGAGAAAUUAAAAUUAAUAAAAAAUGAAGCACUUUCAAUUUUUUUUUAUGAAUAUAUUGAACUUAAUUAUAGAGAGUUGAACAUAGUGGUUCAAAUCGAAGAUUUGGAAUAUUCAAAAAAUAAAACAAUAAAAUCAGUACUAGUUGUUAUUAAUCCUCCUGAAGGAACAUUGAGAAAAAAUUCAAUAAUAAACAUUAGAUACUUGGAAUACUUUUCAAAAAAAAAUAUCAAAAAACUCAUUAUAAAGGAGUUUUCUAAAUUAACUUUAUUGGAUAAACCAAUCAGUUUACACUUAAUACCCCAUCCAUGUGUAAAAUAUAAAAAAGUAGUUGACAAUAAAGAAAUUGUUCAUCAUAAAGAAAAUUACAAAUCAUGUUCAAUAGUAAAUUAUUUAAAAAGAAAAAAAACAUAUGACAGUUUAAAUGGAAAUGAUAAAAAGAAAAUUAAAACAGCCAAUGAUGAUAUAGCAAAAAUAGACUAUGUAGUUAAUAAUAUAAACAAUAGUGUUAAUUGUAAUUCUAAAAAUUAUUAUAACAAUACUGAUAAUAAUAAUGGUAAUAAUAAUUGUAGUAAUAUUGACAAAAAUAAUAGCAACAGUGAAAAUAGCAGUAGUGUCACAGUCAUCAAAGAAACUCAACCUUUUAAAUUAAAAAACAUAAGCGAUCAUCUAAUUGAAGCAUAUUUGUAUAAAGGUUAUAAGGAAUUAUAUCUUUUGCUUUUUUUAUAUCCAAAAGGAGUUACUGGCCCAUCUAAUUUUUUUUCUAGAUUAUUAAAUAAUUUCAAAUAUAUAGAUAGUGGUUUAAUAAAUCAAAAAAUUGAUGAAUAUUUAAUUAGCAAUAACAAUAACAAUAAAAUUUUCAAAUUAUUAUCAAUUUAUAUAUUUUCACAUUUAAAUUAUUUAGUUGGAAAUAAAAAAUCAGAUAUAAAAGAAAUAAAAGAAAUUUAUAAAAAUCUUUUAACAAAAAUCAAUAAUAGGGAGCAUAUUAAAUCAAUUCAUUCAUUUUAUAAAAGAAUCAAUAACAAAGAUAAAUAUUAUUCAAUAAAUAGUGACAUUAGUGAUUAUUUAAAAUUUAUAGAUCAAAGUGUUGAAAUAGAAAUAAGAAAAUAUAAUUUUUAUAGCUAUCAACUGCAAUACUCAGCACAAAUAAUUUCAAUUGAAAAUAAUAUAAACAUAAAAACGAUAAACUUUUUUCUUCAUCAAAAAAACAAUAAUAAUAAUAAUAAUAAUAACCCUUACAAUAGUAACGAAAUCAUUAAAGUUUAUGACCAAGAGGUUUUCAACCAUAGUUUUUAUUUAAAACCAGAUUUAUAUUGCAACAAGAACAUAUUCAAAAGUGAUUUCGGAAACAACCCAGAAGAAUUCAAAUAUGGGAGUGAUUCUUUAAAAGACUAUGAUUUCUACCGUCCACCUAAAAAUGGGAACUAUUCAAUCUCGCCCUCAUUAGAGUUGUUUAAGCUGUGCUUUGGUGUCUUUAGCAGCGGUUUAUUCAAAAAUUUUGACUGGGGUGAAGAAACUGAUGAAACUAGAGUAAUAGUUUCAGGUGGCUCCAUUUCUGCAUGUCUCGAUACACUACCGAUCGCAAUUAAAAAAGAAUUCAUCCAUUAUAAAACAAUCGAGCGAUAUUUAUACAAAUCAAAAAUGCCGGUGCUUUUAGUAAGAAAAUUUAUGGAAUUUGUUUUUGAAAGCUCCCGUUUAAAAGAAUUACUUGUUGAUAGAUUCUUUGGUCAAAAUUCACCCACCCUUGGUAGCGAUGUGGAUAUAUGGUUUAUAGGCCAAGAUUUAAAUAGUGCCAAAAUGAAAAUUUAUCAAUCUAUUGAAAAUAUUAAAUCAAAUUAUAGAGAAGCCAACCCGCUUUUUGAAAAUUCAUUUUUAUAUGUUCGAACACGAAAUGCAUUAACAUUCUUCAGAACUUACCCACAAAGAAAAAUUCAAUUUAUCACCAAAAUAUACAAAUCCGUGGAUCAUUUACUUUCUUCAUUCGAUAUGAAUUGUGCUAUGGUGUUUUAUGAUGGGUCCAAUGUGUUUAUGCAUAGAGAAUCAAUUGACUCAUACAAUAAAAGGUACAAUAUCGGAGGUCAAAUUUUCAACCAACCCGAAAGAUACCGAGUAGCCAAAUAUUUAAAAAGAGGCUUCUUUACAUUUAGCAAAAUUAAAGAAUAUGUCCAAGAAAGAAAUUCAUCUUACGUAGCGAUUGAUUCCUAUGAUUUUUAUGAUGAGCAGCGGCAAAAAGAAGGCCUUAGUAUCGCCCAAAUGAAAGAUUUUUUAAAUGAAACUUUCGGAUGUAAAGCAGUUUCUGAUGAUCCAUAUUAUUUAUUGGAAAAUCCAGAAUUAUUUGAAAUAUCUUUUAAGGAAAAAUUUGAUAUUUUAACAAAAACUUUAAUCGAAUGUAAAGCUUGUAGAAGACACCGAUUUUUUGAUGGUAAUCACAAAAAAUUUUGCUCUCCUGAAGGAAAUAGAUGUUCAGGUUUUUAUAAUUUAAAAAACACAUAUGUGGGUAAUGUGAGAUCAAUUGCACCAUUUAAAUAUUCAUUAGUACUUGGAGGAAGAACAGGUUUAGGUUUUCAAAUUGCUUUUUAUCUUUUAGAUCUAGGUUUUACAGUAUUUAUAACAUCAAGAUUCCCAGAAAUUACAAAAAAAAAAAUUUCCCAACAAAAAUUUUCCCCCCAUUUAAAGAAACUACAUAUUGUUAAAGUCGAUUUCAAUGAUAGAGACCAAACUGAAAACUUUAUCAGGUAUAUCAAAACAACAAUUCCACAAUUAGAUUUAUUAUUCAAUACAAUUAAAUUUUCAAAUAAAAAUGAAAAUUAUAACUAUUCAUCAAUUUUUAAUCAAUUAAAAACACAAGAAGAAAGUUUAACAGCCACCAAUAUAAAUAAUAAUAUGGAUAAUAAUAUAAAUAAUAUAAAUAUAAAUAAUAUAGAUAAUAUAAUUGAAAAUAAUAAUGAAUUUCAAAUCAAAAUAAUUAAUUUUAGUAAUAAAAAUAUUAUUUAUAAAUAUGAUUCCGAAACUGAUGAAUCAACUUCCACAACAUCAACUACCAACCAAAUUAUAAAUAAUUCAAUGGUGUUAACUAGUGAAUAUGUUAACUAUAUACAUUAUAAAUUUCCAAAGCUAAUAGCUAGCCAAUUAAUUUCAAUAAUUAAAAACCAAAUGCAAAAUAACGAACAUUUAUUUAAUAAAUAUUGUGAAAAAUAUCCAUUUUAUUCAGAUAGUUUUGAAGGAACAGGUAUUAUUUUUAAUAUUAAUUGGAAAGAAGGAGAUGAAAUAGAUAAAACAAUAACUCUUCAUAAUAAUACUAAUAGUAGUGGUGCCAAAAACUUAGAAAAAGAUGAUAUCCUUUAUCUUAAGUAUCCAGUGACCGAUAAAGAUUUUAAAAAAUGCUAUAUCAAAAGAAAAGAAAAUCAACUAAUAUUAAAAAAUAUUAUGAAUUCUUAA